AUGGGCGCCACUGAGCCGUCGUCCGCGCCACCGCACCGCCCCGUCAGCAUGUCGGCGUGCAUGCCGUCCCCCUCGUGGUCGCCGCCCGGCCCCGGCGGCCGGCACCGCGCCGCCGUCGUGGUGCGGCGCCUGCAGGUGGCGGCGCGCGACGCCAUCCCGGGCGUGGGCUGGUGCGGGCACCGGGCCUGGCGCAAGCUGCUGCGGCGGCUGGCGCAGGAGACCCGGUGCAUCUGCAGCUCCCCGGCGCCGCCCUCCAGGCCCAGCACCUUCGGCUACGACGCCGUCAGCUACGCCAAGAACUUCGACGACGGGCGCCCCCACGCGCCCCACGCCCUCCACUGUGCCGCCGCCGACAAGCCGGCCCGCCGCUGACUCGUCCUUGAUCCUCCCCAUCCCUUUCUUUUAUCUCGUCGUGCAUGCAUGGUUGCCCAUCGCUCUCGCCGAUGCGCGCGUAUUUCUUAUCUGUUUUUGCUCCUUGUUUUCGUUGAUCCGAUUUGGUGCUGUGAUGGCCGCCCCGAUGCCCGUCCCUAGGGAUCUUUGUAAUCUGUACAUAGAUCGAAUGGAGAUAACACGAGUGGCGCUUGGCCAAAUGUAGGUCCUGCAUAGUACGUACUUGUUAAUUUGCUCCUUGGAGCAGUGGGUCUGUGUCUGUCUGUACGAAAGAGUCACUUUCAGUCAUUCAUACAAAUCCUAAAUCAUGGAUGAUGAGAGAAAUA